AUGACCAACAUCCGAAAAACCCACCCACUAGCCAAGAUCAUCAACAGUUCCUUCAUUGAUCUCCCAGCCCCAACCAACAUCUCGUCAUGAUGAAACUUCGGUUCUCUACUAGGUAUCUGUUUAGUUCUACAGAUCAUUACAGGCCUAUUUUUAGCUAUGCACUAUACAUCAGACACAAUUACAGCAUUCUCAUCAAUUGCCCACAUCUCUCGAGAUGUAAACUACGGGUGAUUAAUCCGUUAUUUGCAUGCCAACGGAGCAUCACUAUUCUUUAUCUGCUUGUAUCUUCAUAUUGGCCGAGGAAUCUAUUACGGCUCCUAUAUAUUCUCUGAGACAUGAAACAUUGGUAUCAUCCUCCUAUUUGCUGUGAUAGCCACUGCAUUCAUAGGCUAUGUACUUCCAUGAGGUCAAAUAUCUUUUUGAGGUGCAACUGUUAUUACUAACCUACUUUCAGCUAUUCCUUAUAUUGGCUCCAAUCUUGUUGAGUGAAUUUGAGGUGGUUUCUCAGUAGAUAAGGCUACAUUAACCCGUUUUUUUGCAUUUCACUUUAUUUUACCAUUUAUUGUUACUGCCUUAGUAAUUAUUCAUCUACUGUUCCUCCACGAAUCGGGCUCCAAUAACCCUACAGGAAUCAUUUCAGAUUCUGAUAAAAUCCCCUUUCACCCUUACUAUACAAUUAAAGACCUUCUAGGCCUAAUAGUUAUAAUUAUAUUUCUUCUUAUACUAGUCCUAUUUACUCCUGACCUUCUUGGAGACCCCGAUAAUUUUACCCCUGCUAAUCCCUUAAUUACCCCACCCCAUAUCAAACCAGAAUGAUAUUUUCUGUUUGCAUAUGCUAUCCUUCGUUCUAUCCCAAACAAACUAGGAGGAGUCUUAGCCCUCAUAACCUCCAUUUUAAUCCUUGCACUUAUCCCUCUUCUUCAUACAGCCAAACAACGAAGUCUUAUGUUCCGCCCACUAAGCCAAAUUCUAUUCUGAAUCCUGACAGCUGACCUAUUAGCCCUAACAUGGAUUGGAGGCCAACCCGUUGAAGACCCUUACAUUAUUAUCGGCCAAUUAGCUUCAAUCACAUAUUUCACUAUUAUUCUAGUAAUUAUACCCCUAUCAGGGGUAAUUGAGAAUAAUCUUCUUAAAUGAAGA